AUGCCGCGGCAGAGAAGACAGAGAAUUAACGCACGUAUCCCUCGUAAUAGAACGGACCACCCAAGCCAAUUAUCGAACCGGUACUAUCAAUAUGCAACGGAGGAUGCGCCUUCACGACCGGUUUCCAGCAUGCGGAAUGCUCCCACCAUCCCGCCACCUGCAGCAUCAGUAGACGAUGCACCCGAGUACUCGUCGCGUUCGGGGUCUCCAACCCGGCCAUGGUCUCCCAACCGCGCCACUGACUGGACUAGGCCCCCAAGACCCCCGUCGGUUUCGACUUCACAUUACGAACGAGCGGACAUCAAUGGCAGUCCGCGCCCGGGGACACCCAGUUCGAGAUAUGGAGGUAGUCCGAGGCGACCGCUGCCACCAGCCCCAUUAUUCACAGCGCCACGAUCCACCGUUGGUGAGCAGGAUACCAGCAUCGACAUCGGGGAUCCGGACGACGACGUGUUCGGUGGUGGUGGAAGGACGAUAAACCGCCAUCGCCAGCAUGGCAGUGUUCAUUCUUUCAUGAGCGAGUCGACCGUGAUCAUGGAUGAAAAAGAAGCAAUGAACAAGAUCGAGCUCGGUGACGACGACGAGGCGACGGAAAUGGUCGAUCCAAACCUGCAUUACGGGCCUGCGCCAGAGAAGCAGAGUCGGCGAGGGGUUCGAGACGCCCAGAUGUCCAAGAAGGAAGUUCAGCUCAUCAAUGGCGAACUGAUCCUGGAAUGUAAGAUUCCGACCAUCCUGCACAGCUUCUUACCGCGCCGGGACGACCGAGAAUUCACCCAUAUGCGGUAUACCGCCGUGACCUGUGACCCCGACGAUUUUACACAGAGAGGAUAUAAAUUACGGCAGCAAAUCGGCACGACAAUGAGGGAAACCGAACUGUUCAUCUGUGUCACCAUGUAUAAUGAGGACGAGAUUUGUUUCACUCGAACCAUGCACGGUGUCAUGCGAAACAUCAGUCACCUAUGCUCCCGCUCCAAGUCGCGAACAUGGGGAAAGGAUGGAUGGAAGAAGAUUGUGGUUUGCGUUAUCGCCGACGGUCGCAAGAAAGUGCAUCCUAGGACACUCAAUGCAUUGGCAGCCCUUGGUGUAUACCAAGAAGGUAUCGCGAAGAACGUUGUGAACCAGAAGCAAGUCAAUGCACACGUCUACGAGUACACCACUCAAGUGUCCCUCGACUCCGAUCUCAAGUUCAAAGGAGCCGAGAAGGGAAUCGUGCCGUGCCAGGUCAUCUUCUGUCUGAAGGAACACAACAAGAAGAAGCUUAAUUCGCACCGUUGGUUCUUCAACGCUUUUGGUCGCGCCCUCCAGCCCAACAUCUGCAUCCUUCUCGAUGUUGGUACAAAGCCUUCGUCUACCGCGCUGUACCACUUGUGGAAAGCAUUUGAUCAGGAUUCCAAUGUCGCCGGAGCAGCUGGAGAAAUCAAAGCAGGCAAAGGCAAGGGGAUGCUGGGUCUGCUGAACCCGCUGGUCGCCAGUCAGAAUUUCGAAUACAAGAUGUCGAAUAUUUUAGACAAGCCGCUAGAAUCCGUGUUUGGAUACAUUACUGUGCUGCCUGGAGCGCUGAGUGCUUAUCGUUUUUUCGCGCUGCAGAACGAUGCCGAGGGCAACGGACCCUUGAAUCAGUACUUUAAGGGAGAGACACUACAUGGAAAAGACGCGGAUGUGUUCACGGCGAACAUGUACCUGGCCGAGGAUCGUAUCCUGUGUUGGGAGCUCGUGGCCAAGAGGGAGGAAAGAUGGGUCUUGCGAUUCGUCAAGAGCGCUGUAGGAGAAACAGAUGUCCCAGACAAUGUUCCUGAGUUCAUCUCCCAAAGACGACGUUGGCUGAACGGUGCUUUCUUCGCCGCCGUGUAUUCGAUUGUGAACGGAAAGCAGUUGUGGAAGACCGACCACUCGCUGCCGCGAAAGAUCCUCCUCCAGAUUGAAGCGGUCUACCAAUUCGUUCAGCUGCUUUUCACAUACUUUGGUCUGGCAAAUUUCUAUUUAGCAUUCUUCUUCAUUGCCGGAUCGCUUACGGAUCCGAAGAUUGACCCAUUUGGCCAUAGAAUAGGCAAAUGGAUCUUUAUCAUAUUGCGAUAUGCCUGUACAUUAGUCAUGUGCUUGCAGUUUAUUAUCUCCAUGGGUAAUCGGCCGCAAGGAGCCAAGAAGUUAUACCUCUCUGGGAUGAUCGUGUAUAGUAUCAUCAUGGUCUAUACUGCUUUCUGUACAAUUUACCUGGUUGUUCUAGAGCUGAUCGCAAAAACCGGGGGAAAGAGUGACCUCCCUGUCAGCGAUGGACUCUUCAUCAAUAUCGUGGUGUCCCUUCUCUCGACUGUCGGUCUCUACUUCUUCUCCUCCUUCCUGUACCUCGACCCCUGGCACAUGUUCACAUCAUCGGCGCAAUACUUCGCGCUUCUGCCUAGUUACAUCUGCACUCUGCAAGUGUAUGCUUUUUGUAAUACGCACGAUGUCACAUGGGGUACUAAAGGAGACAACGUGAUCAACACCGACCUGGGCACGGCCCGCAUCAUUAAUGGGUCUAUUGUGGAAGUUGAGAUGCCCUCGGAGCAGCUCGACAUCGACAGUGGGUAUGACGCAGCGCUGCGUAAUCUUCGUGAUCGAGAGGAGGUACCCGAGCCCCCGAUCUCGGAAAACCAGUUGCAAGAAGAUUACUACCGGGCGGUUCGUACAUACAUGGUCUCCAUCUGGAUGGUUGCCAACGUGAUCCUCGCCAUGGCGGUGUCUGAAGUUUACGGAGUAGACUCCGGCGGCACUAACAUCUACCUCGCCAUUAUCCUGUGGUCCGUGACCGGUCUGGCGGUGAUUCGUGUGAUCGGCUCCACGACGUACGCUAUUUUGCAUGUGGUACAGAAACUUGUGGAGGGGAAAGCCAAGUUCGACGCCGGGAAUCUCACCUAUGGGACUGGCAGUGCGAAUUCCAGUGCGGUAAAUGGCAGCACGGUGCAGUACGGUGGAGGUGGCACGUUCAGGGAUAAGUUCACCGAGGCUAAAUGGGGAAUGAAGCAGCAGAUGGGCAAGGCAAUGUUUUGGCGAAAGUGA